AUGCGAUCCACUUUUAUCGUCCAUUUGAUCAUGAUGUUCGUGGCUAUGGCAGUUGCAUUGCCCACGUCAAACGACGUAUUUGACCGUGAUACCACCGAAAUCGAAUUUGAGAAACGAUUUUCAUCCCCCGCCGAGCCCAUCGGCGUUGACAGCUCUGGAGGUAUCGCUAUCGGCGGCAUUCUCUAG